AUGCAGGCGCCCGGGCUGGAGGAGCGCAAGAAGGCGCUGGAGAAGAAGUUCGUGGAGAAGCGGCCGCCGCUGGCCUACGCCAAGCUCAGCGGGCGCGUGGAGGGCGACACGCCCUUCGAGAAGCUCAUCACGCACCUGCCGGCGGAGCUCGGGCGCGGGCCCAUCUCGUCGCUGCCCGACCACCGCAUCGCGCUGGGCGAGCAGAAGGCCAUCUCGCGCCUGCACGCGCGCAUCCAGUGGAACCAGACGGACAGCUGCUUCGAGUUGCAAUGCCUCGGCAAGAACGGCAUGUUCGCGGACGGCAAAUUUGUGACCAAGAACCAGACGAUCAAGCUCACGUCCAAAAUGCCGCUCAAAAUUGGUCACGCCAGGGUCUAUUUCCUCUACGCCAUUCGCUCUACCAUCAGCACUAUGAGUGGAUUCAAGAUCAUCCAAAAGGCUUUUGACAAGGCCAAGUAUCACAAGGGACUCACGAGUAUGACGGCGGACCAAGUGUGCGACCAGAUUCUGGAGAGUUACACCAAGAGCGAGCACGAACUCGGUGGAAAAGAACACCUGCGUACUUUCGUCACAGCGUAUUUGCAGGAAGACACUGGAGCAUUUGAGCGUGUGGAAGGAACGGGAGCGGCAGCUCCUGUGUAUAAAAUGAAGCCGACUGGUGAGGCAGCACUGAAGAAGCAGAAGAUUGCUGCUUAA